AUGCAAAGCGGAAGUCACCUCUUGUUUGUCUUCCGGUCUUUCUACGCAGCAUGGCGAAUUUGGAGCAUGGUGAAGACAACCCAAAACAUGUGAGAAUGUCCGGUGAAACUCCCGACGCGUCCGUCCCGGACCAGGCGGCCCAAGAGACCCCAGCACCGGUAAAGACUGCUGCCGCCCUCCCGUUAUCGAUACCGUCGUUCGCCGCUGCCUCCGAGCUGUUGUCAGCGCCGUACUCGUGUCUGGUCAUGAACACCCACCGGAGACACAUCGCCCUGCCGCCCGUGUAUCUGAACAAGAAGAAGACGGGGAUAAAGGAGGAGCUGGAGGCCGAGCUGCUCAAGUUCUCUCAAAGUCUGAACGGAGUCCCCUUAGCCUACGACGACAUCAGGAUAGUGAGACACCUCGGAGACAUUUAUGACGACAGCGGCUACAUCCACGUGGACGUGGAAGCCAGCUUUAUUGUUUUUCAGCCGCAAAAAGGACAAAAACUACGGGGUAAGGUAAAUAAACUGGGAAUAAGCCACGUAGGCUGCUUGGUGCACGGCUGCUUCAAUGCCAGCAUUCCCAGACCGAAUCUGGUUUCUGUGGAAACAUGGAGAGACGCGGGGCCGAGGAUCGGAUCAGAGGUGGAGUUUGAUGUGACGGCGCUCGACGCCGACACUGUUGGGGUGCUGCUGAUCAGAGGACGACUGGACAAGACCAGGGUGCAGGAGCUGCUGGCCAUGUGUGAGGGCACAGAAACCAGUGUGCCUGCAGGCGAGGAGGGCACAGAAACCAGUGUGCCUGCAGGCGAGGAGGACCCAGAACCCACCCAGGAUGCUUCUGAAGAAACCCCGAAGAAGAAAAAGAAAAAAAAGAAAGUCAAAGAAGAGGAGAUAGAAGAGGAGAUACCAACCAUAUCUGCAUGCCAGCUGGACAACGGUGUAACACCAGAGCCGAAUGGGAUAAGGGAUGAGGUAAACGGCAAUGAAGCCGGAGAGAACAAAAAGAAGAAGAAAAAGAAGAAGGAAAAACGUAUAAAAGAAGAGGAGGAGGAGAUGGAUGUCUCUCACGUGGCGGUCCACGGGAGCGACUCCAGCAGUUACGUAAGUGACAAGCCAAGCAAGAAAAGGAAACGUGAAUCGGGACACGAUGUGACAUCAUCUUUUAGUGAAGAUCCCGACCCGUUAAAACCAAAGAAAAAGAGAAAAGUCAAAAUAGAGCAGCAUGCCUAAAAAAUGGUAUCUUUACAAAUUAAGUGAAACAUUUGGAAUAAUCAAGGACAUACUGAGUGUGUUAGUGAUAGCGAUGGCCCUGGAGGAAUAUUCUGACCUGUGCCUUAACCAUGAAAGAGCCUGAUUGUCAUCCCAACGUUGGCUCCUUCUCGCCUUCAUAAACAGAAUGUCGGACAUGCAAGAGAACAUGGAAAUGAGAGAUCAGGAGCCGGCUUGACAAAGAUUCCUCACUGGAUUGUAGUUCCAGCCUUCGCCACAUGGUGGAGCCAAACUGCUGCUUACAAUCAGUCUGGCUGACAAAAAUCCAGAGGCGAAAACUCACCAGCAGAGACGGUUUGAUCAUCUUUUGCUAUGCUGCUGUUUUUAUAUGUUUUCUCAUGUUCAGCAUUUAAGAAACAAAAGCCAAACGACUAAUGCCGCCCAGCUCAGUUCAAGACUUUGGCUCGUGCUUCCAUACAGUUCUUAAACAAAUUGUUCUGAGUGUGACCGCAAAGCAAGGAGAGCACGUUUUACUUAAAUCCACAGUAAUUAGUGAAAGGUCUGGAAAUAAAUCAGGCACAGUGACAGUGAAGCUAUGAAAUAUUACUUUUGUGUCACUCACUUUUGUCUUUUCAUGGAUUUUUCUUUGACUGAGAGCAGAAAUUAGCUGACAAUAAAAAAUAUAUAUUAUUCUCA